UGCAGAGAUCAGAUAAGUUCUAUAAAUUUCGGCAUUGUAUUGGAGAAAGAAAUGCAAUCAGCCAGUCCAAGAAUAGCCUCAUUAUUAAAGCUUGUGGAUGAUAUGGCCACAGAGAAGCCCGUCUUUACUUCAGACCCACAGAAUCGAGUAGAAGCAGUAGACUACUCCAAGUUACCAAAUGUAAUUUUGCCAACUAUGGGGACUAGUCAUUCCACUUCACAACUGUUAAAAGAUUCCAGAGAUCCAGGAGUAUGUAGACUUUGCUUUUCAGCUCUGGGACGAUAUACAUGUCCGAAGUGUAAUGUGCAAUUUUGUUCAGUUUCCUGCUACCAAGGAAAAACUCACCAGUCCUGCUCAGAGAAAUUUUACAAAGACUGUGUCUUUCAGCAUUUGAAAUUAGAACAGAGUAGUCCAGAACAACGCAGGAAAAUGGAAGAGAUCCUUCUAAGAGCGUUGGUGGAACAGGGAGUUGAAGAAAUGGCUGGAGGUGACGAUGAUAAAAAUGAAAGAGCAGAGGCAAUAACACUAGAAGAGAGACUGGCUGGACUGGAUAUAGAAGAAGCAUCAGAAGAUGACUUAUGGGGAAAGCUUACCGAGGAAGAGAGGAAGGAGUUUGAGGAAUUGUUAACCUGUGGGAAAAUUGGGGCUGUUGUCCACAUUUGGAAACCAUGGUGGGAAAAGCAUGAUGCUGGGUUAGUGGAAACACUAGAUCCUGACAAUAUAGUUGCAAAAAACGAACUAAAGGAGGCUGGCUUGUAUGAUUUGGAUAAAAGUAUUAAACAAGAAGCAGUGGCUAAAAGUCUGAAAGGAACAAGACAACAGAAAAAAAUAAAAAUGAAAUGCAGAGAAGCAAAGAAAUAUGGGAGCUGUAAAGAGAAUGUAAAUAAAUGUGACAUUCCCCCUGUGUCUUCAAAAAUUCUACCUUUUUGCUCUUUAACAUCAAAUCCCUCUCCUCUAAUUCGAUUUAGCAUUAUAAAUGUUUUAUAUUCUUACACCUUUUGUCUUAAAUUUUACAAUGGAGAUGUUACUGAAGAUGAAAUAGUGGAAGAAUUUGUUGACACUGUACUCAAGGUCUCUGAUGCUCUUAAUUCCAGUUGCGUAAUUCAUUCCACAGCAGAGGCUUUACAGUUGGGCAUGAAUGCGGUACAGUCUGGUCAGUAUUGCAGUGACAGUCGAGUAGCAGCCUCAGUAAUUCUAGCAGUGGCCCACAUUUUAACUGGGGAGAAUAGUUUUAGGAGGAAACAUUACACAUUGGCAGCCAUCUCUCAUCUCAGUAGUUUAAUAAAGAAAAGAAAAAAUCUUUUAUCAAAGGAGCAAACAGAGGACUGUCAGAAGUUGUUCAGAGCACAUAAGAAAUGUGAUUUUCUGCUGUCAUGGGCAAAUGAAAAUGAGAGUAUUUUAACUUUCCUUGCACUGGAGGUGCAGCAGGAAUAUAGAAAUUCCAUAGAAACAAUAAAAGAGGUAGAUAGUGUUAAAGUUCAGCUACAGAAUCUGUGGGGUGGAAAGCAACCACCAAAGAAAAAAGUUCUUAUUCAAGAACUGGACUAACAUAGCAUUUCAAAACAUGGUUUGUUAAGCUAACCAUAGUUGUGGAAAGUUUACUCAGAGUAACCCAGGUAUUGUCAGCAUAAUGUUGUAACACUAGAACUGUUAAACUUAACAUGAAGACACCAAGAUUAUCAUUGAAAAAUAUGUUCAGGCCAGUCACACAAUCAUGUUGGAGCUAGUUUCCAGGUGUCAUUUGGGAGUUUCUGCCUAGUGCUAAAACUUCUACACUGCUAUUGCUAUGGUGUGUACCAGAUGAUCAGUGUGCUGUUUUCUUUACAGUCAUGGGUUCAGAAAUGAUAAAUGUUACACCACAACUCGGUUUAAUGGUUUUAUUUGCAGAAUAAACCAAGUUUAAAAGUAA